AUGGAGGUACUUGGCGGUAACUGGGAGGAUUUUGGCGAGUAUGUGCUGGUGUUUGGAAAUUUUGGUAUUGUGAAGCAUGGUAGCUAUGAUGGGCAUUUUAGUAAUUUGACAAAGAGACUUGAUAACUUGAUUGAACAUUUGGGUAAUUUGGCAAUGGAGCUUGGUAAUUUGGAUGAUUUGGUGGUGGAGUUUGGUAAUUUGUUUGCGUCUGGAGCUGGACGCAAUUUUCUUGAUGGGUUUCGCGAUGGAGAAGACGAAGUCGGGGCGGUGGGGGUUAUGACAAAAUCCGAGUUGAAUAAGUUGUGUAUGGAUGAGAAUGAUUCAAUGAUCAAUGCGGAAGUGCGAUGCAAGCAUGGAAUCUUAUUGCAAAUGCAGACGUCUUGGUCAGAUCGCAAUCCCGGAAGACGAUUUUGGUCUUGUCCUCACUAUGAGGCAACAAACUGUAAUUUUUUUAGAUGGAGAGACAAGGAGAGAGUCGAUGAAAGAUCUCGGUUUAUUCUUCCAAAAUUGGUGAAUAGGAUUAAGGAGUUAGAAGAAAAAUCUAAGCGUGUGAAGAUGCAAUUGGAACAGCUUGAUAAUUCCAACAUUGAACAGUCAAAACAAGAAAAAAUUCCUUUGGAUGAAGGUGAAAGUCUUCGAAAUCGUUAUGAAAAUCUCAACAUCAAUUCAAAGGAGAAGGGUCGUGCUGUAAAAGAAAUGGGUGAUUUGAAAGAGAAGAAAAUGAAAGGGAUGAAAAUGAAGAAAAAUGAUGAAGGUUGUCGUUGUUUUGGGAAAUUCCUUUGUUGUUUGAUGAUUUUUUUUGUUGUUAUAUUUGUUAGCUUUCUAACCCAAGUUGGUAGGUUGAAGGAUCAAAUGAAAUUGCCAUAA